AAAGUAAACAACUUUUGCACCAAAAAAGUACGGACGAGCGGCUGAUUUCGGUAGAGCACCUUAAAAUCCCGAUUCUAAAUGGAUCCUUCGAGGUUUCUGAUCAUUUUAGCAUUAGGGUUGUUUUUGAUCGGCUACGGAGAUGCGUCCGGCUUUCCGUUCCAUCAUUAUGCGCAGCGGUUCAACCUCGAAUUCUUCGACUUGCAGCACAUGACGGAGCUUUUCCACAGGCACAACGAUGCGAAGGCCGAAGAAACUGCUGCAUCGCAAAGUGCCGUUGUGCAAUCGAAUCGAUCGUACCUGAGCGGUUCGUACGAGUACAUCACGUACUGGGACAAACGUUACUGCUCACUGGCGGGUGAAAGUGUGAAACAGGAUGCGACCGACGGUGGAACGGAGGCCAACCGAAGGCCUUCCCUGCGCGUCAAGUGCAUUCCGACCAACGGGAACGGAACGUUACGGAUGCUGAGUUCCCUGAAGGAGGUCGUCAGCGUGCUGGCCCCGCACGGAAACUCGACCAAACGAAACCAAACGGGCACGUGCGUGGUGCUGCUGUUUUACAGUAAAACCUGCAUCCACAGUGCGAUGGCAGCACCACAUUUCAACGCUCUGGCACGCCACUUCCUCAACCUCACAGUCGCCGCCAUCGAUGCCAAUGAGUUCCAUGUGCUGAAUGCCGAGUUUGGGAUCGUGGGCCUACCGACGAUCAUGUUUUUCCACCAAGGCCGCACGCUAGUCAAGUACAACGGAACCGAGAUCUCGAUUACGUCGUUAGCGAACUUUGUUACCCGGCACAGUGGCAUGGAGCCGUUGUUGGUGAACCAAACGAAACCAGCCUCCGGUGGUCACUAUCCGCUGCACUACAUCUCGGACGAUUUUAAAGGUCCUCUGUCGAAUAAGGUGGAAUACCGUACGGAUUACUGGCUGUAUGUGGCAUGGGCUUUCAUUAUCCUUUGCGCGUGCCACUACUUUUCCAAAUCGUCCCUGUACGCGCAGAUCAUCGAGAUGAUCAAACGGAACUGGCGGGAAUCGGCUGCACACCAUGGCUAGAAAAGGCCGGGUUUUUUUUGUUAUCUCUGGUGAUAUCUGUGUGAAUAGAGUAACUUAAUUGAUCAAAGAGAGAA